UCUGUUGUUCUUUUUUUAAAAUACGAUUUCUCCUCUGUGCUCUUGUGGAAGUAGAGUGAUGGUGGCAGACUUUGUGACUCAGAGAACUACUUUUUCCAGCACCACAGUGUUCCAUGGGCAGAGUCCCAGCGCAUUACUGCAGAGGCCGUGCAGUAGGGAGGAGAUGGGCAUAAACUUGCCAGCACUUAGGGUCUCACUCCUGUGCUGGCAGGUGCUUGACAGCCACGAGCUUUCUUGGGUAGCUGAGACAUUUUUAAGCGGUGGCCGCGUUAAAUUUGGAUGCAGGAAUCUUACCAAAAAAACAUGAACCAUCUUGCAUUGGUUUUCUAGGGUGUGAAAGAAUAAUGCAUUACUUCCUCUUGAGUUUUUGCCCUCGUUUGUUUUGCUUAACCGAUUUUUUGGGUACGGAACCAUGCCGGUUGUGUAUGGCCCACCUGGAAAGAUGAAGCAGGUAAAGCUCUGUAGCGUUUCUCUGCAGUACUGUACCCGGACAAUUUCUUGCCGUGGAUAAGACCCUUUUUUUAUCGGUGACGAUGACGUCCCUUUCACAUACGAUUGCAGUACUGCGGAAAAGAAGUCCCAGGAGAAUAAAGGGGAGGACGGGCAGCCGGUGGAGAAGGGGAGUGACAUGAUCCUGGCGUCCGCCUUCUCCAAGUCUGGUGGUUAUUUUGCUUUAACGGAUGACAGUAAGCGUCUGAUUCUUUUCCGCACAAAACCAUGGCAAUGUCUGAGUGUCAGGCCAACGGCGGGCAUCUCUUGCCUUCCAGGACCGUGGUGAGGAGAUGCACAGCUCUGACCUUCACAGCCUCAGAGGAGAAGCUUUUGGUGGCCGACAAGUCUGGGGACGUGUAUUCCUUUUCGGUGUCCGACCCACAGGGAUGUGGCAGGCUUGAGCUUGGGCACCUGUCGAUGUUGCUGGAUGUGGCCGUGAGUCCUGACGACCGCUAUGUCCUCACCGCCGACCGGGACGAGAAGAUCCGGGUCAGUUGGGCUGCGGCGCCGCACAGCAUCGAGUCCUUCUGCCUCGGGCAUGCCGAGUUCGUGAGCCGCAUCCUCGUGGCGCCCGACCACCCCGAGCUGCUGUUGUCCUCCUCCGGGGACUGCACCCUGAGGCUCUGGGAGUACCGAAGUGGCCGAGAGCUGCACUGCUGUCACCUGACCAGCCUGCGGGAACCGGAGGAGCCAUGGGGUGACAAGAGGUCUGCGGCGUCCAGGAUCGCGUACUGGGGCCAGGAGAGCUGUGUGGCGCUGCUGUGUGACUGCAUUCCCGUGGUCUACAUCUUCCAGCUCGAUGCCCGCAGACAGCAGCUGGUGUACAGACAGCAGCUGGCUUUCCAGCACAGAGUGUGGGACGUUGCUUUCGAGGAGGGCCAGGGACUGUGGGUCCUGCAAGACUGCCGGGAAGCCCCCCUUGUGCUCUGCAGGCCCGUGGAUGGCCGGUGGCAGGCUGUUCCGGAAAACGCCGCCUUAAAGAAGGUCUCCGCCCAUCUUCAGGGGAACUGGGCCAUGUUGGAAGGCUUGGCUGGCGUGGACGCGGGCUUCAGUGGUCUCUACAAGGCCACCUUUGACAACGUGACCGCCUACCUGAGGAAGAAGGAGGAGAGGCUGCAGAAGCGGCGGCAGAAUCCACCCCCGGGGCCCAACGGGCAGGCCAAGAAGAUGAAGCCGGAGGAGGCGUCCCUGAGGUGCUCGUCCUAGCCACCCCGGCUUGGCACGCCCCCUCCCUGCCGGUGGCCCCUCUAGGAAGCGAAGGGGCGACGUCAUUCCUGACCCACGCUAGGUGACAGUCCGCUCUGCACCAACUCGGCACACAUGGGCUGUCCUGAACUGGUGGGUGUCCUGGGCUCUAGAAUGUUCUGCCGCUGUGCAGAGGCUCCCCUGCCUGGAGUCUCGGGCACCCCUGGCUGAAGGGAGGCUGUGCCGCGGUGAUCCCGCUGGAGAGACUACGAGCAGCGCUGGUGCUUCCUGUCGGAGGCGCUCGGACCCACGGCGCGGUGGUGGCAAUGUGGCGGCGCUCUUCCUGGGACCCCAGACACGUUUGCCUUUGGGGGGGUCCAUGCGUCAGAUGUGUUCGCGGUAGCACGAUGGACAGUCUGCCCCCGUGUCUCCCUCUCGACGGUGCCCGCGCUGCCCGGCACAGGGGCCGCUGGCCUCGCGGGGGUGGAGGACCCCGGCCCUCCGUCCACACCUGUGUUGUGUCCCCGCGUGGUGCCCGCUCAGGGAGCACAGCUGCCGCUGUGUCGCGGGCUCGCUGGGAACACAGGGCACGGACUCGGCUGCUCUCAGGCUGUGCGAAGACCCGGGAGCCCCGGCAGGGGAACGGUGGAGGCUGUCCCGCGUGUGUGUGAUUUCCCCGUGAGCUGUGUGCACGCGACACGCAGACCGGGGUGUCCGCUGACUCUGAUCACCGAUCAAUGAACAUGAGCUUUCGCAGCUUCUGGAAACAUGUAGCAGCCGCAUGUGGAACUGAUUUCCAAAUACACUGAGCAAAACCACUUUGGACACGUGUACAGUUUGUGACUGAAACGCUGGCCCCCGACACAAAGCGUUUUUGGGUGGUUGGGGUCUGGGGACACGGCUGCUGCUUUGCGUACUGAGCUUUUAGCCACUUCCCAGGGCUUGCUCUCAGGGACGGGAGAACCGUGUGUGUCCGCCAGGGCUCUGGGGAGGGGCUUUGGAGAUCCUAGAAACAGGUGGUUCUGUGAGUCAGAAGCUGGAACGCUUCAGCUUUCCCCCAAGUGCCUUGCUUUGCUCCGUGCACUGAUGCCGGGACAGUGCUGCGUGUGAGCUGCUCGGGGUCCCUUCCCACAAGGGCAGGACUAUUUUGUUCAAGGGGCAGAGGGCUCGUGCCUGGGACGGGACUGGGGGGGCGGGGGCCGGGGUCCUCCUGGAGGAACCUCGUUAGCACUGCGCUGGGGUGCCGGCACUGUUCUCGCUGACAGUCUGCUUUGGGAUUCUGGGUUUUAGAAGAAAUUUGCCGCUGCCUGUUUUUGUAGGACCUGUGAGCUCGGAAUGGCUUUUACGUUUCUAUGUGGUUGAAAACAAGAAAAAUAGUAUUUCAUGGCGUGUGAAAAUCAUGUGCAAUUCAAAUUCCAGCUUCCUUAAAUAACAUUUUACUGGGACACAGCCGGCCCGCUCGUUAGGUCUCCGUCUGCGUUGGUUCCAGCAGCAGAGCGGCCCGGGUGCACAGACGCCACAUGGCCCGCAGAGUCCGCGCAUUUAUGAUCUAGCUCUCACGGACGACUUUGUCGAUUCUUUAAAAUCCCUUUUAAAUCUGUGUAGUUUUAAAGCGAACUGGUUCAUUUUUUAAGAAAUGGAACAAAUCCUGUU